AUGAAGCGGUCGCCGGUCAGUUUGUCACUUCUAUGGAUGGGCUACACAGGCAUUUUUCUGCUGGCUGAUGGCCCAGCCCCAGUGGAAGCCCAUCACAUUUUGGGUGUCUUUGUCAAUGUGCACCGGUCGCAGUUAAUGGUCCAUUUGGCGGUGUGUCGGGCUCUGUUGCAGAAGGGUCACUACUUAACCCUGGUCACCACAUUGCCGCUGGAGGAGCAGGAGAUUCGUGGUAAUGUGUCACACAUUUUCAUUCCCUGGAAGCAGCCGGCAGAGGAGCGCUCCUCCUCGGACCUUAUUGGUCGUCUGGAACGGAUGUUUAGGCGGUUGGAGCAUUCGGGCGAUCUGCUGGAUCUGCCGGAAUGGAAGACUUUUCUCAGCAAUCCACCUCAUACUCCCUAUGAUCUGCUCCUUUUGGGCUAUCAUUUCAACGAUCAUCUGUUGGGACUGGCAGCACACUUCAACUGUCCAGUGGCUAUCGUUUCCACCCAGCAGCCAACUGGAUUUGUUAACAGCCUCAUGGGCAAUCCCGAGGAGCGUUGGUAUGUCCCACAGCCGUAUGAUGGCCACCAGCGAAGUGGCAUGUCAGCCUGCGUGUUUGGAAUUUGGGAGAAGUUCAUGGAAAUAAUGGCGAGGAGGGUGCUGGCAAGGAUCUACAGUUUGCACUUUCCCGAGUCGCGAUACCCCAGUUUUGAAACCAUGCGCCGAUCGGUGGUUCUGGCCCUAAGUAAUCAUCACAUGAUCAGCGAGGGUCCCAUAGCACCAUUAAUACCCAGCAUGGUGGAUAUAGGCGGUAUAGUGCUAGAGCAACAGCUGAGUAAAACUCCACUGGAACUCCCAGCUGGCAAUCGAUCUCUGAUCAUCUUCAGUUUGGGCACUCGUUUCACUUGGCGGAAGUCAACUGAAGAACUGGUGCAGACUUUCACCAAAGCUUUCUCUCAGUUCCCGGACUAUGACAUUUACUGGACCUACGAUGGACCCAAUGGUAGUGCCAUCAGUUUGGAUUAUCCCCAUUUGAAGGUCGCCAAGUGGUGGCCCCAAUCCCAGUUGUUGCAAAGUGACAGAGCUCGACUGUUCAUCACUCAUGGGGGCAAAGGAAGUCUCUCGGAAGCUCUUUUUCAUGGAGUGCCCAUGUUGGGACUACCUUUAAUUGGGGAUCAACGUGCCAAUCUUCGGCGAAUGCAGUCCAGAAACUGGGGAUUGACCUUAUCCACUCACAAUCUCACGCACUUGGAACUAGCGAAGGGCAUUUCUAGAAUGCUUACCAAUUCGAGUUACAGUGAAACUAUAUUGAAAGCUUCGCAACUGUAUCGCGAUCGUCCCAUGAAUUCCAGCGAUUUGGCCACUUAUUGGAUCGAGUACAUCGUGCGACAUAAGGGAGCUAAAAAUCUGUACAAUCCCGCCAGGCAGCUUAAUAUGAUCGAAUAUUACUCCAUCGAUAUUUAUUUCAUGGUUUAUGGACUCUUAAUGCUAACGAUUGCCAUGCUCAGAAAAGUAAAUCGCUUGCUGUGACUAGAAGUA